UCAUGAGAUUCUUGUUUUCUGCCUUUUGCCCACAGGGCAGCCACCGCAGCGCGGAUUAGGGCAAUUAUUUUUCAUUCUCUGCAUGCAUGUUGCUUUAUUUUUUAAAAAACAAGGUUAUUUCAAGGAUCAACUAAACUUUUUCCAGAAGGGUUCAUUUUGAAAGCGACCCGGUAGGUUGUCUGCAACAGUGAUCCGCAGCUGUUUGUUAUGCAAACAGUAAACGCAGCAAGGGGAAUGAAAGGAGAAGUCAGUGACGUUUCGGUUGGUCUAACCUACUUUUAAAGCGAACGCUAAAUAGCUCUGUAGAUGUGCGACUUUGCGUUAAAGCCGCACACCGCAGCGUCACUGUUUGGAUGUCAUGCAAGGUAGCUUACAAUGUGAAUUCUUGUUUAUAAUUUGGCUGUGAUGACACACACUCGCAGAGCACAGGAAACUGUCCGAGGCUUCUACGGUUAUGAAACAUGUAGAACAAAAUAGUUAAUGUAUAACAGAGAAAGCAGACGUGGACCUUUGCAGAAUGAAACUUGGUUCAUAGAGUGUUGGAAAUUUCCUUCCUGGCCAGGAGCUGAUACAUCUGAGACAUUAAUGUACAUAAAUAAUGCUGGGCUUAAACAGAAGAAAUGCAGGCUGGAUUAAACAAGUAAUUCUUUUAGUUGGAUUACAGGUGAAAGCUGUGCAGGAAGGCGCAUAGACCCCGUGUAUGCCACCUUUGCCCGUGUUUCUCUGGAUGGAUAGUGGACCCGCCUCACCUUCUUCCUCCAUGUUGGCGGGCCGUUCCACAUUGUGGCGUCUGUCUGAGAGGAGGAGCAGAAAGGCCGGCUCAGCGAACAUUUUCAGCAAUGUGAAUCUGUGGCAGCUCCAGAGGCUCUUCAGGGCAGCAGGGGACCAGGAUGCGGAGCAGAGGGCCCAGUUAAUUUGGGGCCACGGAGAUGAGGCUGAACUUGCUAAGGCCUUAAUAGGACUGAGGGCCCGAAGCCACCGCAAAGGGCUGAGGACUAAUGGAAGGGAUGCGUUGGGCACACACUGGCUGCGAGCCUUCAGCCACCUCAGGAUUGGGGAGAGCUCACCAAGUAGCCAGGGGAAGGAUCCCAGCGAGGAGAGUGAUUCUGAGGCAGGAGCACAGAGCAGUCCAGAGCCCCGAAGACACACCUCAGUAGGAACAGGAAGAGUAGCAGGGUCCUCAGUGGUACUAAAUGAGAGCCAGGACCCUGCAAUGACACCUGAGAAACCAGUCAGAUCCAACUCAGUACUGAGAAGAGGAGGGGAGAACAAACCAGAGAGAUACCUCCACCGAAUACUCCACUGACUUCACAGUCAAAACUGGAACGAGGUUGAAAUAUAACACAGGCACAGAUAAGGCAGUGGCAGUUUUAAGUGGAACUAAUAAUGGAAAAGUUUCUCAUAAUACCAAAGUGUCUUAUUAGCAGGAUCUGCCCUGUGGCACACCUGCACUACACGUCCACUUGAACAUUUCAGCAAAAUCCAUUGACUGGUUGAAGGUAUCUCACACCUUUUUACAGUGAAUGGCUCUCCAUAACUGCCUUGUGUUUUCUUAAAUUCAUCCUACCAGCGACACUAACCAGGCACACUGACAAUUUAUUAUUGCUGAUAUGAGUUUAAGUGGUUUCCAUUUUGAAAUCAGUAUCCGGACAACCCAUUAUACUAUAACUAUACUAUAACUUUAUUGCAAAGUCACACUUUUGGUACCACCAGAAGGCAUAUGUAUUUCCAUAUUAUAUACUUUAUGUAUGCACACAUGUUUAUAUGUUUGUAAUUUAGCUUGAAAAGAUGUUAAUGUUCAAAUUUUGUAUUAACACUAACCAAUGCUGAAAAAGGAAAAUAUCACAUAAACAAGAUCAGGUGCAUUUUACCCCCAUGUUCCUGAGUCAUGAGUGUGGUACAUUACACUACGUUAUAAAUAUUAUGAAAAGUAGGAAUAACACUGGACUCAGGUCAUUGUACAGAGUGAAUGAGUCAACUGUUACAUUGAUUGAACUGCUGCACCAGCUUAUCUUGUCCUUGGUUUGUGCUUCAGUAAGCAGAGAUAAGUAGAGAAUGCAUAAGAUGUUUAUUAAGUCUGACAACACAGAAAUUAGGUAAAUAGAAAGAGGAAGGAUGCUUGAGUGUCUAGAUGGUGGAAUAAAAGAGAUUUAGAGAUGCAGGUUGGACAAUCAUAGGCUUAAAAGAGUGAAUGAAGGAUAUACAUUAAAAAGUAGCCACAGCAGACUGAUUAGCUCACAUAUAGCGCCACCAGAAACAAAUCAAGAGGCAAAUUCUGAAGGGAGUGGUUAAGCAGAUCAAAGCAUUAAUAAUAGAAUAAAGAUGAUGGAUUCCCAGCGUAUUGAAUAGAAUUUUCACCAAAGCUUCAUUUGUUUAAAGUGUCAGGAAGUCAAAAAUAAUACAUUUUGAGUGCAAUGCUCACUGUGCAGGGAAAGGCAAACUUGAAAAAGCAUUGCUCAAGCUCACAGUGUGAAAUCCCGCUGUGCCGAUGAAUGUAAAACCUCGUCAGAUGGCUGGAAACUGAAGUUGUCAUUUCUGAUUUUUAGUAAUAAAGUGAGUCUUUGUAUUUUC